CUACCUUGUGUGGCACUGUGCUGUGAAGAUGAGGAUGCCGACAAUCAUUUCAAAGGAGAAUUGGAUGCUAAACCUGUGAGAACCAUUUAUCCUUCAACCCCACUCGUAGAUGCUGGUGGCUAGUUAGAGUAGGAUUAUGUAGAAGAAAGAGAUUGACUCACAUGAUAAAUUCUAAACAAAUCAAACACAGGAGAUGCUCAUUAAAAAACUCAGUGGUCGAUAGGGGGACUUGGCCCCUCUUCGUUGAUAUAUCAAACAGCAAUGUAGACUUUUUUGUUGAUUGAUUCUCAGAAAGUAUUCUUUGAUUUCUUGGAAAGUAGCAGUAUAAAGCAAGACAAUAUGCACUAAACUACUCGCCAAAUUGGGAGAUUGAAGCAUUGAAGGGACAGAAAGAAUUUCUGAUCUUGCUUGGAGUCCUCUUGAGAGUUCAAACAAAUGCUUAUAUAGCACAGAUGUCUGCUAAACAUUUGCUCUUUGACUCAUAGAGAGAGUUGAAGUACAAAAAACAACACAACUCUCUGUCAAGACCAGUAUGAAGAACUUUGCCAAAUGGUACCCGGUUAUAGCAAUGAUAGCUAUUGAUCAGGCCUUUGCAAUUAGUAAUAUACUCCUCAAGAAGAUUGUUGCUGACGGGAUCAACCGUUGGGUCUUCAUAACUUACCGCCAGCUGAUUUCUGCUGUCUUUUUAUCCCCGUUAGCUUUCAUUUUGGAAAGGGGAAGCAGGCCUAAGCUGACUUUAAGCAUAUUGUGUGGCCUUUUCGUGAGUGCAAUUAUCGGGGCAUCUGUAACACAAUAUCUCUUCCUGCUUGGUAUAGAAUAUACCUCUGCGACUUUCUCGUGUGCCUUCCUUAACAUGGUUCCUGUCGUCACGUUUUUAAUGGCUUUACCAUUUGGUUUUGAGAGAGUGAACAUACAAUACAGUAGCGGAAGAGCCAAGGUGGUAGGUGCAUUAGUGUGCGUUGGAGGUGCAAUUUUGUUGACUCUUUACAAGGGAAUGCCGUUGAUCCACUUCUCUGACCCACAAUCGGUUGCUCAAUCCAUGGAACAGCACGCAAAGCUGGAUUCACACGUUGGAAGAGAACGAUGGGCUAUUGGUUCUGUGGCCUUAUUUGCAGGAACUCUCUGCUGGUCCUCAUGGUUCCUUCUUCAAACAAAUAUUGGAAAGAGAUAUCCAUGCCAGUACUCCAGCACUGCCAUCAUGGCUUCCUUCAGUGCUGUACAGUCGGCUAUUUUGAGUCUGUCCAUUGAUAGGGAACUCUCCGUCUGGAUUUUGAAGAGAAAAUCUGACAUCUUCAUCAUCCUUUACGCUGGAAUGAUAGGAUCAGGAUUGUGCUUCGUGGGAAUGUCAUGGUGUGUCAAGAAACGAGGUCCUGUUUUCACCGCAGCCUUCAGCCCUCUUGUGCAGAUAAUGGCAGCCACAGUCGAUGUGCCCAUCUUACACGAGCAACUUCAUCUUGGAAGUUUAAUAGGAUCAGCUACUGUUAUUGCUGGAUUGUACAUUCUGCUGUGGGGCAAGGACAAAGAAAUGCAAAAGCAGGAGCAAAAGUUAGUCCAAGGAAGUGAAGAGAUAAAGGAUCAAGAGCAAGAGUUCCAAGUUAUAAAAUUAUCAGUUGAGUCGGGGCGCCCGUGAUGUCAACCAGCUUACCCAAAUUCUGCUCUGAUCCAAAGACUUCCCUUUGGAAUGCAUAGGUUUAGCAAUUACCAUCUCCAAUUUUCGACCUCUUUUACAGUGUAACAGAUUGAGCAGAAGUUGCUUAAUUUUGAACCAGAGAUGGUAUCAGUUUGUACGACUUGCAACUGUGAAAAAUUCUAAGUUUAUGACAUAACAAGUCAAGAUGCCA